UUCUUCAUGCUGCUCCUCGACCUGACGGCCAUCGUGGGCAACGCCGCCGUCAUGACGGUCAUCGUGAAGACGCCAGCGUUGCGCAAGUUCGUCUUCGUCUUCCACCUCUGCCUGGUGGAUUUUUUGGCCGCCCUCACGCUGAUGCCGUUGGAGAUGCUUUCCGGCUCGGCCGUUUUCGACCGCCCGCUUUUCGGCGAGGCCCCGUGUCGCGUUUAUUUGUUCCUCAGCGUUUGUUUCAUCAGCAUGUGCAUCCUCUCCAUCUCCACCAUCAACGUGGAGCGUUACUACUACGUGGUGCACCCCAUGCGCUACGAGGUGAGGAUGACCGUGGGCUUGGUGGCCUGCGUCCUUGUCGGCGUUUGGCUCAAAGCCGUGGCCACCUCCCUCGUCCCCGUCCUGGGCUGGUUGUCCCCACCCCCCCCGCCGGUGCCCACCGGCCGCGGUUGCUCCUUGCAAUGGAGCCGCGGUCCCUACUGCAAGUUCUUUGUGGUUUUCUUCGCCGCUUUUUACUUCCUCCUGCCCCUCCUCAUCAUCGUGGUGGUCUACUGCAGCAUGUUCAAGGUAGCCCGCGUGGCCGCCAUGCACCACGGUCCCCUCCCCACCUGGAUGGAGACCCCGCGACGACGUUCUGAGUCGCUCAGCAGCCGUUCCACCAUGGUCACCACCUCAGGGGCUCCUCGGACCACCCCGCAGAGGACGUUCGGAGGGGGCAAAGCAGCUGCCAUCUUGCUAGCCGUCGGUGGCCAAUUCCUCUUCUGUUGGUUGCCCUAUUUCUCCUUCCACCUCUACACCGCCCUGAGCACCCAGCCCUUGGCGGGGCCGGCGGCUGAGACCGUUGUCACCUGGCUGGGUUAUUGCUGCUUCACCUCCAACCCUUUCUUCUACGGGUGCCUGAACCGGCAGAUCCGCGGUGAGCUGGGCCGGCUCCUGACGUGUUUUUUCAAGCAGCCCCCCGAGGAGGCCCUGCGCCUGCCCAGCCGGGAGGGUUCCAUUGAGGAGAAUUUCCUCCAGUUCCUCCAGAGCACCGCUUGUCCCGCCGACCCUCCGCCUC